CGCUGUUGUUGCCGCCGCCGCGGGAGCCCGGGCGGGGAGCGGCUCCCCGGCCUCGCCAUGGCCACCAGCACCACGGGCUCCACGCUGCUGCAGCCCCUCAGCAACGCCGUGCGCCUGCCCGUCGACCAGGUCAACUUUGUAGUGUGCCAACUGUUUGCCUUGCUUGCGGCUAUUUGGUUUCGAACAUACCUUCAUUCAAGCAAAACUAGCCCAUUUAUAAGACAUGUUGUUGCAACACUCUUGGGCCUUUAUCUUGCACUUUUUUGUUUUGGAUGGUAUGCCUUACAUUUUGUUAUACAAAGUGGAAUUUCCUACUAUAUCAUGAUCAUAAUAGGAGUGGAAAAUAUGCACAAGUAUUGCUUUGUUUUCGCUUUAGGAUACCUCACUGUGUGCCAAAUUACUAGGGUCUAUAUCUUUGAUUAUGGACAGUAUUCUGCUGAUUUUUCUGGUCCAAUGAUGAUAAUUACACAGAAGAUCACUAGUUUGGCAUUUGAGAUUCAUGAUGGAAUGUUUCGGAAAAAUGAAGACUUGACUCCAUCACAGAGGUGUUUGGCUGUAAGACGCAUGCCAAGUCUACUGGAGUAUUUAAGUUACAACUGUAAUUUCAUGGGUAUCCUGGCAGGCCCGUUAUGCUCUUACAAAGACUAUAUUACUUUCAUUGAAGGCAGAUCAUACCAACUGCAACAGUCUGAAGCAAAUGGGAAGGAAGAUACAAAGUAUGACCAAACGGAUCCUUCCCCAAAUAUAGCUGUGGCACAGAAACUCUUGAUCUGUGGACUGUCCUUACUCUUCCACAUGACUAUUACAAAAACUUUGCCUGUGGAAUACAACAUUGAUGAUAACUUCAGAGCUACAGCAUCAUGGCCUGUAAGGUUUUUCUACCUGUAUGUGUCUCUUAUGGCUGCCAGACCCAAGUAUUAUUUUGCAUGGACUUUAGCAGAUGCAAUUAAUAAUGCAGCGGGGUUUGGUUUUAGAGGCUACGAUAAAAAUGGAGUUACACGUUGGGAUCUAAUAUCAAAUCUGAGAAUCCAGCAAAUAGAGUUUUCCACAAGUUUCAAGAUGUUUCUUGAUAACUGGAAUAUCCAAACAGCUCUUUGGCUCAAAAGAGUGUGCUAUGAGCGAGCCACCUUCAGCCCAACGAUCCAAACCUUCAUUCUUUCUGCCAUCUGGCAUGGGGUUUAUCCAGGAUAUUAUUUAACAUUUUUAACAGGAGUACUAAUGACAUUAGCAGCACGAGCUAUAAGAAACAAUAUCAGACACUAUUUUGUUGAAUCUCCUGCUGUUAAACUAUGUUAUGAUAUUGUAACAUGGAUGGCAACUCAAGCAGCAAUAAGUUACACAGUCGUGCCGUUUGUACUGCUCUCUGUAAAACCCUCUUUCACCUUUUACAGCUCCUGCUAUUUCUGUCUUCAUAUUGCCAGCAUCCUGGUGUUGUUGGUAUUUCCAUUGAAAAGGACUCAAAAAGGAAGUAAAAAGCAUGAAAGUGUCCAGCCUGUGUGGUCCAGAAAACUAGAAGAAGAAAGUCUUUUGCAAAAGAACAAUUAUUCCACAACAAAUAAUAGUUUCAGUCAGAAACAAGAAAUAACCUGCAGAUAUCAAGCAUUAAAACAGUGAUUGAGGAAAUGCUAUGAUGAAUAUAUUUUGUAUGUUUUCAGAAACCCAUUUUUAGCACCUUUUAAAGGGGUUUGUAUUUGUUUGCAAAGAUAUUUAGUAAGAAAAGAACGCAUUACCUAGGAAAAUCACAUACAGUAGCAAGACUGGAAACAAAACAAAUUAACCCCUCCCAUGCCAUGUCCCUGUGGAUCACGCCUUAUAUGAAGAUAUUACCAUUAUUUCAAUGGGCACUCAGGACUUGCAACGUAUGUCCAUAGGGUCAUAUGUGUGCCCUUUGCCGAAUGUACGUUGUGUAUCCCAAGGCACUGAUGGGAUGGAAUAAAAUUGUGUCAGUCUAGGAUUAACAAAUGGAAAUUAAUUUUUCCAACUGAAUGACUUGCCUUAAACCCUCUAUUUACUGAAAUAUUGUUUCUAAGUGGGUAUUUCAAGUUUGAUUUUAUGUAGAAAGUAUUUCAAAUAUAUAACACUAUGUGCUAUAAAGAAGAUAAUGAGAGGAAAUACAAAGUCACUAGAAGACUUUGAAGUCUUUCAAAUGGAAUUGCAAUAAACAUCUCAGUAUUUGGAGGGUUUUCUUAUCUCAAACUAUUAGAGUACAUUACAGAACUGUAAACAUUGAUGCCAAAUUAUAGUUAGGUUUCUUUGAUAAAGAGUAUAAUUACUCUGAAUGGAUUAAAAUGGCCCUUCUGAAUGGAUUAAAAACACCUGAAGAUUUACCUUUUCCAGGGGUUGAUAGCUGUAAUGUAGGUUUCUUUUAUUUUUAAGUACCUAAACCCAGUAAUACACUGCCAAGUGGGCUUUGCAGCCAGAGGGAAAAGACAGCCACAAGGCACAGAAGACAAUGUGCAAGAACUGGGAUUUCAAUGAAAGUGCAGUUUUGCCCUUAAAUACCAUAAAUACUUGUUCUAGAAUAGAACUGUUUUACAAAAAGUAAUUUUUAAUACUUAAAGUUAUUUUGAAUUUCAGGCAUCAGUUAGUUGAUGAUGCUUUCAGUAUAAAACAGCAAAAUUACCUUGAAGCUCCAGCACACAGGUAGUCAAACAUGAAAUGACUAUCACAACCAAUUUCUGUAUGCUUGGUAAUUGAUGAACCUUUAUCCAAAGAAGUGUGUGAAUUUGAGGAAAAGCUUUUUCCUUGAAUUAGAAUUUUAGAUGCAAAUUUCAUGUCAUAUUUCUGGGUAACAUAAUGAAAGAAAGAAAUCCUUCAGAAUAUCUGGCUGUCUGAAUUAUGGAAGAGUGUCAAGGAAACAAUGUAGUGGUUAUAUCUAUUUCCAAUCAUUUAUUGUGAUGAUGGUUAGUGCUAGAGUACUACUGUUAAAGGGCUACAUUUUAAUUGCAUAUAUUCUGUAUUUUCAUAUAAUUUUUUAAGUAAACACAAGCUGUUUAUCCA